CAUUGCUCACAUAAUUCCUUCCAUGAUAAAAAAUUAUACAUAUAAGAACCCGUCGUUUCCCUUCGCCAAUAGCCGCCCAUUUUGAUUUUUUAUAUUAUAUUUCUCGUUUUUCUUUUUUCCCUCUUCCUGCUUACAUUACAUUUGCAAUAUAUAAUAACAAAUAAUUAUAUUAUUUAUAAUAAUUCAUCCCCGUUCGCUUUCCUUCUGGUUCAACUAUUCUUCUUCUUCUUCUCCUUCUGGUAAGGACGGCCGUGACGAUAUCGGCGGUACUCCGGUCGUGAGGACAAGGCGAGAAGAUAUAGCUAAGGGGAAAAAGCUUGAGAAUUACUCUCUCUUUUCUUUGGUUUUCUUGCUAUUUGUGUCGUCAUGGAGCUUGAUGGUAGAUUCUGGUGAAGAGAGCUGAAAGAAACCCUAGAGAUCGGAGUCCGAAGGAUCUCCUUCCAACUUCUGCGUUUGGAAGCUUCAGUUUGAGAUUGCUGUAAGGUUAGCAUCGGGGGCUCGUCUAUGCAUGGAGGGGAGGGAAGGAGGAGUACCUUCUACGGCGGCCGCCGAGGGGGCCGGGAUCUACCAGCCUCCUCCUCCGCCACCUUCGGCUUCGCCGGCGGCGACGGUGGUGAGAGACGAGAAGUCUGCUUGCCCAGUCGGCGUGACGGCGACGGUUAUGACGGCAGCCGCUUCGACAGCGGCCGCGGUGGUGGUGGGAACCGCCGCAGCUACGCCGGUGGCGGAGCCGAUGAAGAAGAAGAGGGGGCGGCCGAGGAAGUACGGGCCGGACGGCAGACUGCUGCAGCCGCUGAACCCGCUGCCGAUCUCGGCGUCCGUGCCGUCCGGUGUCGAGUACACGCCGGCAGCCGCGGUGGGGGCGGCGAUCAAGCGGGGUAGAGGGCGGCCAGUGGGUUUGGUGAGCAAGUCGCCUCGCUAUGGACUCGACUUCGAGCCACUCGGAGAUAUGGUAGCCUGCUCCGCCGGUACAAAUUUCACACCUCAUAUCAUCACUGUUGCUUCAGGUGAGGAUGUUACUAUGAAGAUCAUAUCAUUUUCACAACAAGGGUCUCGAGCUAUUUGUAUUUUAUCAGCAAAUGGUGUUAUUUCAAAUGUUACACUUCGUCAGCCUGAUUCAAGUGGUGGUACAUUAACUUAUGAGGGCCGAUUUGAAUUGCUCUCCUUAUCUGGAUCAUUCAUGCCAACUGAAAAUGGAGGAACACGAAGCCGAUCAGGUGGCCUGAGUGUUUCUCUGGCAAGUCCAGAUGGCCGAGUUGUUGGUGGUGGAGUUGCUGGUCUACUGGUGGCUGCAAGUCCAGUGCAGGUUGUGGUGGGAAGUUUCGUGCCAAGCUACCAGAUGGAGCAGAAAAUAAAGAAGCCGAGAUCAGAAACCGGAUUGGUACCUCCACCAACAUCAGCAAUUCCUGUGUCAAGCGCAGCCAUGGAGGAAGCUUGUGGUAGCGCGCAAGGGAAGCACACUUCAUCAACGAGUAAACCAGAUCCUUCAACUGCCUCCUCUUUCCAGGCGGAAAGUUGGGCUGCUUCUCUGCAGUCGGCUCCUGGCGAUAGAAACUCGACAGACAUCAACAUAAGUUUGACUGGAUCAUGAAGCCAUACCAGAACAUUCUUUUCUCCCUCCCAUUAAACCAUAUAUAUAUAUGUAU